UUUAACAGCCAAGAACCACAGCAGGACAACCAUGCACUAUACUGGAUUAUAUUUAUUACUCUGUUCGUACAUUUCAGUUUGGGAUAUCUGUGGAACUGCGCAUGCGCGUGUACCCCAUGUGCAGCGCUACGAGGUGGUCCGACUGCGGCCGGGGCGAAUAAAGAGGAGCACCGCUCAUCAAGAGAAAUAUCCUACUGCAGUUGAAUAUGCCUUGGACAUUGAUGGGAAAACCUUUACAAUAUCACUGGAAAAGAAUAGGGAGUUCCUAGGGAAGAAUUACUCUCUGACUUAUUACACAGAAGAUGGGAUAAAAGAGACUACAUAUCCAUCUAAUGUGGACCACUGCUACUAUCAGGGACACAUUCGAAAUAUAAAUGACUCCUCCGUCAGUGUUGGCAUGUGCACAGGAAUGCGAGGGUUUUUUAGAGCAGAAAAUCAGGUCUAUCUGAUUGAGCCACUGGAGGAUUCUGUGAAAGGAGAUCAUGCAGUUUACAAACAAGAGCACUUGAGGACUAAGAGGGCAACUUAUGGAUACAUCAAUGAUACUGUCUAUGAUUACGAUGCUGCGCCGAGACUUGCUGGACUGUAUAAAAGUAGAAACAUGAACAUUAAAGUACCCAAAGGAGGACGAUAUAUCGAGAUGGUUAUAGUGGUUGAUCAUACAGAGUACAAGAAUUAUGGAAGCUUGAAUACAAUAAAAAUGAGAAUGCUGGAAGUUGCUAAUCAUGUGAACAAGGUUUAUCGUCCUCUGAACAUUCGUGUUAUGUUGGUGGGAUUAGAGAUCUGGAAUGAUCGAGAUCGGUUUGCCGUUAGCAGUGUGCCUGAUUAUACUCUGGACCGUUUUUUAAAAUGGCGUCAGACAGACCUCCUGCCAAGAAAGAAGCAUGACAAUGCACAGUUUGUUACUGGGGUCAAUUUUCAAGGAUCGACUGUUGGCUUGGCUCCCCUGAAUGCUAUGUGCUUUCCUUCAUCCGGUGCUGUGAACGAGGACCAUAAUAACAAUCCUCUUGGUAUUGCCGCCACUAUCGCACACGAAAUGGGCCAUAACUUGGGCAUGUCACAUGAUACAUCAAAUUGUGACUGUGGAAAAACACAACCUGGACAGAACUGUAUCAUGGGAGAGAGCAUUGGAUAUGUGUUUCCGGAGUUCUUCAGUAGUUGUAGCAAAAUGGCUUUGGAGACAUUUUUACAGAACUAUGAUGUUCGCUGCCUGCUAAAUGCUCCAAAUGAGAAUGAUCUGUUUGGGGGGCCAGUAUGUGGUAAUGCCAUUGUGGAAAAGGGUGAGGAAUGUGACUGUGGAACUUUGCAGGAAUGUGAGAACACUUGCUGUAAUGCCACCACCUGCCGACUGACAGAAGGCUCUGAGUGCGCACAUGGGGAGUGUUGUAACCAGUGCAAGCUAAAGCAAGCAGGAAGUCUGUGUAGACCCACUGCUCAUGACUGUGAUCUGGAGGAAUACUGUACAGGGAAAUUAGCACAAUGUCCCAAAGAUGACUACAAGAUGAAUGGGCUUCCGUGUAACUCCAACCAAGGCUACUGCUAUAAUGGCCAGUGUCCAACACACCAGGAGCACUGCAAGACACUGUGGGGCCCAGAUGCUGAUGUUGGUGAUGAUGUAUGUUUUAACAACAAUUGUCAGUGGCCCAGACACCCAACAUGUUCCCAACAAAACAACAAAUGUGGGAAAAUAUACUGCUCAGGUGGAAAUGAUCUUCCAAUAACGAAAACGAAAAGAAUUAUUGUCGGGACAAACUGCAAAGAGGCUGUGGAUGUACCUGGUACAGAGGACAUAGGGAUGGUGCCAUCAGGUACCAAAUGUGGGACAAACAAGGUGUGUUACAACCGCCGUUGCCAGGAUGUUACAACCACCUAUAGAACUGCUAACUGCUCUGCAAAAUGCAAUAAUCAUGGGGUGUGUAACCAUGAGAACCAGUGCCACUGUGAUCCAGGCUGGGCUCCCCCCUACUGUGACACGAAGCUCUAUGACAUUUCAAACUGGCAAGAUGUGGUCAUAAUUGUGACCACCAUCAUAGGCAUCCUGCUACUGAUUACUGUUAUUAUUGGAUUCUUGAUGUGUUGUAAAAAACAAAAUAUAUUCAGCAAGAGAAGCUCCUUUACGGAUAUGAAAGUCUACCCAGGUCAGUGCAACCCAGCAUUUCAGCCAAUCAGUGCAAAGAACAGCCCCAAAUGUGGACCCCCUCGUAUCAGCCAGCCCACUUUUCUAGAAUCAUCUGCAACACAAGCCUGCACGCCUUUAUUUACUCCCAUUACACCUAGCAGAGCUCCACCACAGCCUCCAAUGGUAGCAGAACAAUCCAGGAUGGAACAGGUUUUGAAGACUUCAGGUCCAUGUCCUGUUGUUCCCAACUACAUUAGUUACACUCAGGAAAAGCCUUUGCCUCCUGGAUCUAAACCACUACCUCCAUCAAAACCUUUACCUCCACUGAUUACUAAGCCCGUGAAUAAACCAAAACUCCCUCCAGUGCCUCCUGUGAAACCAUCAGGUACAAACCCAACAUGGAAUUACCCUCAGGCAGCUGCAGCACCAAAGGUUCCUUUCAAACCUCCUCCAAAGUUCAGAUGAUGGGAAGCAGAGUGACUUUUUCUGAAUCACCGAGAGCUUCAUGAGAAGUUUUAUGAGCAAUCUUAAGGCCUCUACGAGGGACACAGCUGUGAUGAUUUUUCAGACCUUUGUGUGCACUUUAGCAGGGAGAAACAGGACGGGCAUCAAAAUGGUGGGAAAAUAAUCCCACAAAGAACUGAACGUUUUAAGUCCUUUGGGAUGUACUCCCUUUUUCUUUGAUGUCUUACUUGACGUGGCUGCUUGAAGAAUGUUCUGUUAUGGUACUUCUUGAUGAACUUGAUUUGUGUUGAUGAUUUUAAUAAUUAGCAGAAUCUUCCGUUAUAUAGAGUAUGGAGUGUAUGCAGAAAAACAGUUCAGGUUGUCUCACUGUAAUUUAACAAAUUGCCAUUUCGGUAACAAAUACAAUAAUAUUCAAACACUGUCAA